UUCCUUAAUUAACUCUCUCAAUCUCUAAUUAUCAUUAAUAAUGGCUCCAACUCUUGCUGUAGAAUCAACCGUUGAUUCUUCAUUUGAUCUUAAUGAUUUUGUGAUUAACAAAGGAAAUGGAGUUAAGGGUCUGUCUGAUUUAGGGCUAAAAAGCCUUCCUAGACAAUACAUUCAACCUCAAGAAGCUCUCAUUAACAUCAUUCCCCAGGAUUCUAUUCCUGUUAUUGAUAUGACUCAUUUUCUUGACGACCCGAAAGUUGCGGAGUCAAUCUGUGAUGCUGCUGAGCAAUUUGGAUUCUUCCAGCUCGUUAAUCACGGCGUUCCGGUGGAGGUUCUUGACGGAGUUAAGGAUGCAACUCAUCGGUUUUUUGAGCUGCCCGCUGAGGAGAAGAGGCAGUUUUCGAAGGAGGUUUCGUGUAGUCAUAAUGUUCGGUUCGGUACGAGUUUCAGUCCGGACGCUGAGAAAGCGCUUGAAUGGAAGGAUUAUUUGAGUCUUUUUUAUGUUUCUGAGGAUGAAGCCUCUGCAUUAUGGCCUUCUGCUUGCAGGGACGAAUGCUUGGAAUACAUGAAAAAAUCUGAAAUUCUUUGCAAGAAGCUAAUGGGUGCAUUAAUGGAGAGAUUGAAUGUGAAAGAAAUAGAUGAAGCAAAAGAAUCUUUGUUAAUGGGAUCAAAGAGGAUCAACCUUAACUACUACCCCAAAUGCCCAAACCCUAAUCUUACCGUCGGAGUCGGCCGCCACUCCGAUGUCUCAUCGCUAACGUUCCUUCUCCAAGACGGAAUCGGAGGACUUUACGUGCGAAUCAACGAAGGAAAAGGCGAAGAAGACGGAUGGGUUCAUGUGCCUCCAAUCGAAGGAUCACUCGUGAUAAACGUAGGAGAUGCAUUGCAAAUAGUGAGUAAUGGAAGGUAUAGAAGUGUUGAGCAUUGUGUGAUUGCAAGUGGAAGAAACAACAGAAUCUCAAUUCCUAUUUUCGUUAAUCCGAAGCCAAGUGACGUGAUCGGUCCGUUGCCUGAGAUUCUUGCCACCGGAGAGAAACCGAAGUACAAGAACUUUGUUUAUUCUGAUUAUGUGAAACAUUUCUUCAGGAAGGCUCAUGAUGGCAAGAAGACAGUUGCAUUUGCUGAGAUAUAAUGAAUUUCUAUAAUAUAUAUUAAUGUUUUAUUUUGAUAAUGCUAUGCAAAUGAUGUAUAAUAAAAAUCUUUAUUUAACUGUAUGAAAAAUAUUCCUAAGAUUAAUUAUCUAUUCGAUCAAAAUCUUUAUUGGUGAAA